GCCCUCUUGGCCGCCGCCGCCGGGGCCACCGCCCACUCGGGGCUGGCCAGCGGCGGGCGGCCGGGGCACAGAGAAAGGCCGGGCCGGGCGAGUGCACGGCCAUGGCCCCGUGGCUGCAGCUCUGCUCCGUCUUCUUCACAGUCAACGCCUGCCUCAACGGCUCGCAACUGGCUGUGGCCGCUGGCGGGUCGGGCCGCGCGCGGGGCGCCGACACCUGUGGCUGGAGGGGAGUGGGGCCGGCCAGCAGAAACAGUGGGCUGCACAACAUCACCUUCAAGUAUGACAACUGUACCACUUACCUGAAUCCAGUGGGGAAGCACGUGAUUGCUGACGCACAGAACAUCACCAUCAGCCAGUAUGCUUGCCAUGACCAAGUGGCAGUCACCAUUCUUUGGUCCCCAGGGGCCCUCGGCAUUGAAUUCCUGAAAGGAUUUCGGGUCAUACUGGAAGAGCUGAAGUCGGAGGGAAGACAGUGCCAACAACUGAUUCUAAAGGACCCGAAGCAGCUCAACAGUAGCUUCAAAAGAACUGGAAUGGAAUCUCAACCUUUCCUGAAUAUGAAAUUUGAAACGGAUUAUUUUGUAAAGGUGGUCCCUUUUCCUUCCAUUAAAAACGAAAGCAAUUACCACCCUUUUUUCUUCAGAACACGAGCUUGUGACCUGUUGUUACAGCCGGACAACCUGGCUUGUAAACCCUUCUGGAAGCCUCGGAACCUGAAUAUCAGCCAGCAUGGUUUGGACAUGCAGGUGUCCUUCGAUCACGCACCGCACAACUUCGGCUUCCGUUUCUUCUAUCUUCACUACAAGCUCAAGCACGAAGGACCUUUCAAGCGAAAGACCUGUAAGCAGGAGCAAAACACAGAGACAACCAGCUGCCUCCUUCAAAAUGUUUCUCCAGGGGAUUAUAUAAUUGAGCUGGUGGAUGACACUAACACGACAAGAAAAGUGAUGCACUAUGCCUUAAAGCCAGUGCACUCCCCAUGGGCUGGGCCCAUCAGAGCCGUGGCCAUCACAGUACCACUGGUGGUCAUAUCGGCAUUCGCGACGCUCUUCACUGUGAUGUGCCGCAAGAAGCAACAAGAAAAUAUAUAUUCACAUUUAGAUGAAGAGAGCUCUGAGGCUUCCACAUACACUGCAGCACUCCCGAGAGAGAGGCUCCGGCCGCGGCCGAAGGUCUUUCUCUGCUAUUCCAGUAAAGAUGGCCAGAAUCACAUGAAUGUUGUCCAGUGUUUCGCCUACUUCCUGCAGGACUUCUGUGGCUGUGAGGUGGUUCUGGACCUGUGGGAAGACUUCAGCCUCUGUAGAGAAGGGCAGAGAGAAUGGGUCAUCCAGAAGAUCCACGAAUCCCAGUUCAUAAUUGUGGUUUGUUCCAAAGGCAUGAAGUACUUUGUGGACAAGAAGAACUACAAACACAAAGGAGGUGGCCGAGGCUCCGGGAAAGAAGAGCUCUUCCUGGUGGCGGUGUCAGCCAUUGCCGAAAAGCUCCGCCAGGCCAAGCAAAGUUCGUCCGCGGCACUCAGCAAGUUCAUCGCUGUCUACUUUGAUUAUUCCUGUGAGGGAGACGUCCCUGCUGUCCUAGACCUGAGUACCAAGUACAAACUCAUGGACAAUCUUCCCCAGCUCUGUUCCCACCUGCACUCGCAAGACCAUGCCUUCCGGGAGCCGGGGCAGCACGGGCGACACGGCAGCAGAAGAAACUACUUCCGGAGCAAGUCAGGCCGGUCCCUGUACGUCGCCAUUUGCAACAUGCACCAGUUUAUCGACGAGGAGCCGGACUGGUUCGAAAAGCAAUUCGUUCCCUUUCAUCCUCCUCCACUGCACUACCGGGAGCCAGUCUCGGAGAAAUUUGAUUCGGGCUUGGUUUUAAAUGAUGUCAUGUGCAAACCAGGGCCGGAGAACGACUUCUGCCUAAAGGGAGAGGCGGCCGUUCUUGGGGCAACUGGGCCUGCCGACUGCCAGCUCGAGAGUCAGCACGGGGCCCUGGACGAAGACGCGGAGGCCCGGCCAGCCCUUGACGGUGGUGCCGCCCUGCUGCCGCUGCUGCACACGGUGAAAGCCGGCAGCCCCUCGGACAUGCCGCGGGACUCGGGCAUCUAUGACUCGUCUGUGCCCUCAUCUGAGCUGUCUCUGCCACUGAUGGAAGGACUCUCGACGGACCAGACAGAAACGUCUUCGCUGACAGAGAGCGUGUCAUCUUCUUCAGGCCUGGGUGAGGAGGAACCUCCUGCCCUUCCUUCCAAGCUCCUCUCUUCUGGGGCGUGCAAAGCAGAACUUGGUUGCCGCAGCUGCAUUGAUGAACUCCACGCGGUUGCCCCUUUGUAACAAAAAUGGAAGAGUCUAAGCAUUGCCACUUUAGCUGCUGCCUCCCUCCGGUUCCCCAGCUAAUCUCCCUGGUUUCAUGGCCCACUUGGAGCUGAGGUCUCAUGCAAGGAUAUUUGGAGUGAAAUGCCGGCCAGUACUUGUUCUCCCUUGCCCCAACCCUCUACCAGAUAUCUGGGCAAACUCUCCAAUUUUCUAAAAUGAUAUGGAGAUCUGAAAGGCAUGUCCGUAAGGUCUGACAACAACAUUUGGUUAGUUCUUGGAUCAGAGCCAGUUGUGGGAGGUAGGGAAGAAAUAUGUAAAGAGAAACAGGAAGAUAUCUGCACUGAUCAUUCAGACUUCAUUGAGCUCUGCAAACUUUGCCUGUUUGCUAUUGGCUACCUUGAUUUGAAAUGCUUUGUGAAAAAAGGCACUUUUAACACCAUCAGCCACAGAAAUCAAGUGCCAGUCUAUCUAGAAUCUGUGUUGUAGUGCAGAUAAUGUCCUCAUUUAUUUUUGAUGUAGAAUCAACUUUGCCAUGGGUGUUAAAUAAGCUUUGAGUCAAAAGUCAAGAAAGUGACUGAAUAUACAGUCACCUUUUAUGAAAUGAGUCUCUGUGUUACUGGCUGGCAUGACUGACUGAAGUGAAGGUCACAGGGCCUGGCCGAUUAUCUUGACCAUUCCAUCUGAGAUAGGUUGGUCAACAUGCAGAAGGCCCCAGGACCUCAGCACGGGCAGCCUCCUCUUGGUCUGAGUAGGCAUCAUGCAGGGGCCAGAUCUGCCUGCUGUUCCAUGGGUUACAUUUAUUGCUAUAUCGCAGAUGUUGGUGUCUGGAAGUUUAUUCUUAAGAGACUGCUACCCAGCUGGUCUGAAUUACUGGAAGUUGCAGUUCGUGCUUUGGUUAGUCUCUGGUCUAAAGCUGUGUCCUGAAUAUUAGAGAUCAGAAUUCACUGAAAUAUAGCAGUGUGUGGAGGUGAUGGCCAGUUAAUUUGCUGAACUGGUUUUGACUAAUGACAAACCUCUUUUUUUAAGAAGGGAGAAUGGAGGAGGCAGUCACAAAAGUAAAUGUUCCAUUUUUAUGAAUGACUUUCUACAGAAUUUCUGUUUCUAAAGAAAAAACAAUUGUUCACACCUCAUCUGAUGACUAGCAUGUGUGUAGUGAAUAAUGUCUUGGUCUCACCUGUGGAAACCCUUCUCCCUGUGCCUUACAGCAGGUGUGGACAUCUCUCACUACCUUUCUCAUGGGUUGGAUUUUGGCACCCUGUUUUCUCAGCAUUCACCCCAGGGACUGUGGUUUUCACUCCUUCUUCAGAUAGGACCAACAUGAAGGAGUAUGCUGAGAAACACCCUGAGGCAGGGUGGGAGGUGGGAUGGGGCAGGACUUUCCCUUCAAGCACAUGCUUGGCAGGCGGGGAAAGGGGGCUUGCACCCCUGCUUGAAAGGGUAUAUUUCUUGUGUAUAUUUCUGAUGCAAAUGUCAUAGUCCCUGCUCUGUAAAGGCAGCUGGCAGCUUUUGGGAGAAGAACGUGCUCGUCUGUUCUGUGGCAUCAAAUUUCCUGCAGCUGCUCUGAGGGAGAGACAGUGAGCUGCAAGACUAUCUCCCCAUAAAACCAGGCAACUCAGAGGCGAGUCAUUUCAUCUUCCUGUGAAAUCUGGAAUGAGUGCAAAUCUCCUGCCCACACAUGACUGCCCCGCCGUUUCAUCCUAGGCAUACGUUCUGUGAAGGAGAUUGGUUAGUCCAAACUUGCUAACAUACGAAAAUCCACUUGGAACAUUAUGAGAGAUUUCUUACUGAGGCCAAGAGAUGUUUCCUGUCCCAACGGAACCGUUAGGAACCACUUUUAGGAUAUUCAACUUUGCUCAUGAAAUAAGGCGUCUCUGAGAAAGUGGCCUCAGGGAGAGAAUGGAGGACUGGGGGAAGGAGCAUUAACUGGGUUCCGAGGGUGUGGGCAGGGAGCUUGCUGCACGAAUGCACUCCCUAGGAGAACGGAAGGGGAAAGGGAGUGCCACUUAAAAAAGCAGGGGAUAUUUUAGUUUGGAUUUAGGGUUUUAAUACUUAUAUUGAAAUACUAAUGUUUCUGAUCAACAAAAUCAAACUCUUAAUAUACCAAGUAAUGAAACGACAGUGUGAUCGCCUGAGAAUAAAUUGAGAAAUCCAA